AUGAGGCCAGUUCAGGCGAGGUCGAAAUUGCAGUCUACUUCAGCCGGAGUGGAAAUACCUGCUGGGAGAGAGGGCUAUGUGAAAUUCAAUGGAAAUGUAAUGCCUACCCAUAGAAUUGUGGAAAAAUUCAACGACCAGUUCACUUAUCACCUUAAACCAAAUAUGGGGAGUACACCUCACCAUAACAAUGUUACUGCUCGAGAUAUUCCUGGAAACUCUGUCAACUUCCGCCCCGUUGAGAGCGGAAGAUCAGGUAGUUAUUUCUAA